CGUGCCACCUUCAGAUCUAGCAUGAAUAUCUUGUGGUUUCUCUCCUGCGCGGCAAUCGCCAGCGCUGUGCAGAGCUGUGGUGUCCCUGCGAUUGAGCCCGUCAUUAGUGGCUACACCCGUAUUGUUAACGGGGAAGAAGCAGUGCCUGGAUCGUGGCCCUGGCAGGUCUCUUUGCAGGAGAAGAGCGGGUGGCACUUUUGUGGCGGGUCUCUUGUCAGCGAGAACUGGGUGGUGACUGCGGCCCACUGUGGGGUGACGAAGUCCAACGUUGUAGUGCUCGGAGAACAUGACCGCAGCUCUUCUGUGGAGAAUAUACAAAAGUUGGCUGUUGAAAAGGUCUUCACUCACCCGGACUGGGACCCCGUUGCCAUCAACAAUGACAUUGCCCUGAUCAAGCUGGCCACCCCUGCCCAGAUCACUGCCAAGGUGUCCCCCGUGUGCCUGACAGAUGCUGCAGACGAGUUCAAGAGCGGUGACCUCUGUGCCACCAGCGGGUGGGGCAAGACACGCUACAAUGCCUUAGUUACCCCCAACAAGUUGCAGCAAACGGCCCUGCCUCUGCUAUCCAAUGAGCAAUGCAAGGAGUCCUGGGGCAGCAACAUUUCGGACUUGAUGAUCUGUGCGGGUGCAGCUGGCUCCUCUUCAUGCAUGGGUGAUUCGGGUGGGCCUCUUGUGUGCCAGAACAAUGGAGUUUGGAAGCUGGUGGGCAUCGUGUCUUGGGGAAGCAGCCGAUGCUCUACCACCACCCCUGCCGUGUAUGCUCGUGUCAGUGCCCUCCGUGAAUGGGCUGAGACAAUCAUGGCAGAGAACUGAACAGUGUGAGCCAGCAAUGCUGGAAGAGUGCAAGGAGACCAAUAAAACCCGUUUUCCUUCAA